CUCAAGCUUGUGCAAGCUUGGUCUAGCUCUGACGAGUGGGUCAGAUAAUACUGGACACAAAAAUAAAUUUUCUUUCCCAUAUUAACACACUGUUUAAUGGCUGCGCAAUAUCCUAAUACGGUCAGACUGGGAAUUUAUGUCCAGUUGCUUGUUUGUUUAACUUUUUUUGGUUGGACAACAGCAGUGCCAUCAUUUGGGCUAUAUGAACUAAAAAGACUCCGCGAUGGGCAGACACCGGCUUGGAAUCUAACUGCGGAUUUAGAAAAUAGCCCAGUGAUGACACCGUCAAUAAACCUUUCGUGUGAAGAACGAUACCAUUCUUCGGAGAAGUUCGCUUUUGACGAGACCAAUCUUUACGACGAAAUAAGAACACUAAUGAAAACGUACUACAAUUGGGGUGAACUUCUAGCUCCCGCUCCCAUUGCCAUCAGUGUUCUAGGCCAACUCAUCCUCAUGUCUAACAAGAGAUUGGAUUUUCCCAUCGAUGAAAAUUUACCAACCGGCGGUUUCAAGCACAUCAAGUACCCCAAGAGUUUCCGGACUACUUUGCUUCAAAUCAGCCAUAGUGGUUACCUGGCCUUCCUCAAAGCUCACACCAACAUGGACAAGAUCCGAAUGUACAAUUCAAACGUGCCCAGCCACAUCAAGGACGCCACCCGCUACCUGAUGUCCAAACAAGAGCUUUACAUCGUCAACUUACUGCCUAUAUCGCUGGGACGCAUUAAAGAAGCGGCCGACCAGAGUAAAGAGCUUUCCCAAGAAGUGGUUGCCGAAUUCACCACUGUAAUGAAUCUGAUUGAGGAGACUAUCAAUGCAGUGGCCGAUACCAAAGAUAAAAAGAAGAUCAAGUUGAAGAGGGUUGAAACUGAUCUGAAGAUGACCGAGAUAGUCAAACAAUAUUCAGAUGACGAAGCGGAUUUGCUGAAACAGAAAGAAAAACAAUUGGCGAAAAUGUUGGGCAACUUUGAGAGACGUCAGCAAGACAUUUACGUCGAAACGUCUAACGGGGACGAAUGUCUUAAUCUCAACCUGAGCAGGGAGCGAAAAAAAGGAGGUCACGAAAAACACCCGGACAUCUUUUUUCGUGCCGGCAACUGGAAGUACACUUUUCAAGAAAACAGCAUCAACAGAGAUCCUUGUUAUGAAGAGAACAGCCAUCAGCUGCUUGACUUGCUCAUUCAAAUGGCCCAAUUUAGAGAUGUGUACGAGACUUGGCAAGGAUCUUCUGACUACCAGCAAUUUAAUUUUACCGGAAAUGUUGAGUCGCUAAACAACACAUACAACAGCUUCCAGCCUUGUACGAGUGUAAAAGUCAUUCUCGCCAAAUUAGCGGAAUUAAUCAAGAAAUUGAAAAACACCAAGUUUGACGCCAAGCGGAAACUGGAAAUGAUGUGUCCGGGGACAGAAGAAAUGGACGAUUUGGCUUUUCUCGUGAACCACCUGCGUGCGGAAAAAAUCAAAGAAGUUGCCGUGGAAAAAUCGACCAUGAUGGAAAACGUUAAGUUGGCUGACACUUGGACCAAGGUGUACGAGAACCAAUUUGAAAUGCUGGAGGAAUUGAUUCAAACAACCAAACGUAUGCUGAGCCUCAACGCGCAGAGGACGGACAUUCGACGACAAAAGACGAUGCAAAUAUUAAGCUCUAUUAAGAGUCUGAAUUUAAACAGAGUCACAUAUCAAGAGGCUAUCCAAGCUCUGAAAGAAGCCCUAAUCGAGCUGGGACAGUUGAAAGAAGAUUGGAGUAAACUGAUUCGAUUCUUUUCUAAUAUCGCCAAAUUCAUCGACGACGCCGCCAAAGAGAGUUUCGCGUUUAUUGAUGCCGUCCAUUCGUUAAGUGAGGAUAUUUCCGGCUUGGAUGUUACCGUCUUAGUUGAAGAACUGCUGGGUCACAUUGGAAAAGCCAACGAAGCGGCCUUCCUCGUCCACGAGAUCGCCAACAUGUACGUGACCGUUUCGGAAAAAUACAUCUUAGAUAGCAUUUCUACGUUGGACACCAUGAUCAGCAUUGACGUCAACAAGGUUGGACUAGUUGGAAUCAAGAGGCAGCAAAACAAACUGUCGGAAGACGGUCGAAUAGCUUAUGAAGGGAUCCUGCAAAUGAUUAAGGACGACGAGGAUUCGAUUGAAAAGAAAAUACUAAAGCGGCAUGAUGAAAUCACGAGAGAAUUUGGAUGGAUAACCAACUGCAAAUCUCCCGAAGACAACGAACUUUAAGAAAGCGUUUUUCGUUAUUGAUUUUAAUUCAGGACAUAAAUUGUAUGAAUACCGCUUACAAUACAAGACAUUUUUAAAUGAUAA